AUGGACAUGCUAAUUUACUUUUAAGUUCUCUUAAUGUAGUUUAGUAUAUUCUGCUGCAGUAAAUAAAAUUAAAUAAUUAGAUGGCAAGUACAUUGUUUAAACUGAUGUAACAAUUUAAUCAGCUUCUAGUUAAUGGAAUGACUUAAUUUCUAAUUCAUAACUUGAAUUUUGCACAAACGAAAAGUCAGAAAAUUUUAUUGGAUAAGCGACAAAUUCAAAUUAAAUAUAAUGGUAAAGAACUUUCAACAUAUAUCCCUUAACUAAUAAGGUUUAUAUAUACUUUGAAUAUCAAAUAUCUGGUGAAUGGAAUGAUAAAGAAGUAGAAUUAUAUAUAAAUGAUGUUAAAUAAGGCUCAGAAAAGAUCUAAUUUAUAGAUACAAAUAAAUUGUGUAAUGGAAAGUAAAAAAUUGAGUUAAAAUUAGUUUUCUUUAUAAUUCUUAUAUGUAUUUAGUAUACAACUAGCCAUAAAAUAGCUUAGCCUUAGAAAUAAGAGUUAAUCAAAUUAAUAUAGGACUUUAUUUAAAAAAUUUGAUUUUAAUUUAAUAAACAUAGAGAGGUAAAGGAGAAAUAUUAUAAACAAUGAUUCACUUACCUAUUUGUGGUAGUGAUCAAAUUCUUGAUCAUUAUUAUUGUAAAUGUAGUAAUGCAUUGGUUUAUCAAUCUAAUUAAUGCGUUUCUAGUUGUGGUUAAAAUUUUUUAUACAGUUUAAACAAAAAUCAAUGUUAUUAGAAACAAAAUUGUGCUGCUUGUGUAGGAUUAAAUGAAAACUUAUAAUGCGACUAAGGAUAUUAUGCCUAUAUGGAAUCAGACUAAGAUUUACCAGUUUGUAUAUCAAAAUGUCCAAAUAAUUUUUACUAAGAUGAAACUACCUAAAAGUGUUUGGAUUAUCAAUAAUAUUUAUCUACAAAUUAAAAUUCAGGAUGUAUGAUAUAUAAGUUUGAUAUUUAGAUCCUAUCGAUUAUAUGUAUUUUAUAAAGAACAUUCCAGAAUUCAUCCAUUUUUUAUAACUAAAUGAUUUAAUUGUUUAAAUUGUUUCAGAACCUAGAAGAUCUAAAGAACGUAACUUUUUUUAUUUAGAUAAUAACUUUUAUGUUGGAUCAUAUAGCAGUUUUUAAAAUUAAACGAUUUAAAUAUAAACAAUUAUUAAAAAUCCAUAACAUAAAGUAAAAUUUAGAGCGACUUGCCAUUUUAUAGAUUUUUAUCCAACAAAUUUUGAGGUGUUGAUUAAUGAUGAAAAACAAGCUGAUAUUGUAUUAUAAUAGGAUGUUUAAAAUCGGAUAAAAUAAGAUAAAUAAGAUUAUAUUGUAAAUAAUGAAUGGACUUGGUAGAAAUCUAAAGAGGAUAAUUUAGUAAGAAAUUCUAUCCAAUUUAAAGUAGAAUAACCUUAAUAAGAUGGAGAAUAUAUAGGUUAUUUUUACUUAGAAGAUAUUCAUAUAUACUCAUUUUAAUGUAUGACUGGAUGUCAAAGUUGCUUUACAGAUACAUCAUGUCCACCUUGUACAAAUCCUGCACAUAAGAAUGCUUAAGAUUGUACUUGUUUAUAAGGUUAUGCUUUACAGAAUGAUAUCUGCAUAGUAUGUCCUACUUAUUGCACUACUUGUAUAUCAGAAGGAGUUUGUGUAGAUUGUGUUGCUUCUACAUAAAGAUUAAAUUCUCCAAAUUGUGAUUAAUGCCCAAAUUAAUUGUUUGCAACACCUGAUGUGGACAAUUGUCAACCAUGUUAAAUAGGUUGUUUAAAAUGUAUAGAAUUGGCAAAUUGUAUAAUUUGUUUAAGUGAAUAUUUUAAAGAUAAAAGUAAUUAAUGUGUAUAGCAAUGUUCUGAUGGAUAUUAUAAUGAUAAUACUGAUAUUAAUAAUCCAAAAUGUACAUAAUGUGAUCCAAAUUGUUUAAAAUGUGAAAUAAUUGGAACACAUUGUACUGAUUGUAUACCUAAAGGUUAUUUAGUUAAUAAUCAUUGUUUUAUAUGUUUAUAAGGUGAAUACUUUUCAGGAACAGCAUGUUUAAAUUGUAUUAGUGGAUGUUAAAAUUGUGUAUCACCAAUAUGUGAAUAAUGUUUGGAAGGAUAUUAUUACAUGUAGAAUAAAAACGAAUGUUAAGUAAUAUGUGAUGAUGGUUAUUUUGGGAAUUAUGAAGCUAGAUUAUGUGAAUAAUGUGAUGCAAAUUGUAAAACAUGUGAUAAAAGUACAAAUUUUGAUUGUUUAUCAUGUUAUCCUGGUAAUGUGUUAAAUUUAUAUAAUAUCAUAAGUGGAUAAUGUAAAUUUACUUGUUUACCAGGAUUCUAUAAAUUAGAUGACAAAUGUUUUAAGUGUUGGAAAGGUUGUGCAUCUUGUAUUGAUUAAACCUAAAAUUGUCUAGUAUGUGCAUAAAAUUAUUACAGAUUAAAAAAUAAUGGAUUAUGUUACUCAUUAUGUCCUGAUGGAUAUUAUAAUAAUAAUAUUGGAAGUCUAUGUUCUCCAUGUCAUCCUAUAUGCAAAACUUGUUAUGGAUUAUUACCAUAAAAUUGUCUAUCUUGUAAUUCUCCAUUGGCUUAUUUUGAAAAUGAAUGCUUAUCUGAAUGUUAAGAUGGGUAUGGAAAUGUUAAUAAUAUUUGUACUCCUUGUGUAAAUAAUUGUAAAAAAUGUUUUGGUACAUUACAGAAUCAAUGUCUUUUUUGUGCCUAAGGAUACUAUUAUUUAAAUAACUAAUGUUAUAUUAAAUGUCCUCGUUUUUAUUAUAGUAUAAGACCUCAAUAUAUUUGUAAAUGCUAAUUCACUAAUUGUAUCGAAUGUACAGAGAAUUAAUAUUACUUCAAUAAUCUAUGUUAUGAAACUUGUCCCUAAGGUUAUUUUGGAUUCAAUAAUUUGUGUAAUCUAUGUGAUAUUACAUGUAAAACAUGUUUUGGUGAAGAUGCAAUUGAAUGCUUAAGUUGUAAUAAUAGUCUUAUACUAUUUAAAAAUAAAUGUAUUCCUUAAUGUUUAGGUAAUACUUACCAUGACAUUUUAACUAAUGAAUGUAAAUAUUGUAAUUCAGAAUGUCUUGCUUGUAAUGGACCUAAUGAUAAUAAUUGUUUAGUAUGUCAUUAAAAUAAAUUAUUAACUAUGCAAGGAUAUUGUAAAGAUGAAUGUCCAAAUGAUUAAUAUGCAGUAAUCUCUGAAAAUAAAUGUUAUCAUUGUCAUUCAUCAUGUUAAACUUGUUUUGGAUCCUCAUAUUAAAAUUGUCUAACUUGUGCUGUUUAUUUUUACUUAUUUGAAUGCGUAGAUUCAUGUCCUGAGGGUUUUAAAGUAAGUAAAAAUUAAUUAUAAUGUGAACCAGAUUUUGAAAUAGUUCUUGCUUAUUGUAGUUAUUAAUGUGAUACUUGUUGGUUAAUACCUAGAUUCUGUAAAAGUUGUGCUGCUAAUCGUGCUCCAAAUCCUCCUAAUUGCGAUUGUGAAAUAGGUUAUUUUGAUGAUGGUGUAAAUUCAUUAUGUUUAAAAUGUGAUAAUAAAUGUGGUUCUUGUAAGGGUUUAGCUAAUAAUUGUAUAAAAUGUAAAGGUGAUAGACAAUACCCAUAAUGUACAUGUCCUAAUUAUUAUUAUGAUGAUGGAAUAUCUGUAAAUUGUAUUAGAUGUUAAGACAAUUGUUAAAAUUGUGAUUCUUUUGGAUGUACAAUAUGUUUAGCUGAUCGUAUCAAUUUACCUAAUUGUAUAUGUAAAGAUGGUUACUAUGAUUCUUAUACUUAUUAUUGUUAAUAAUGUUCUUAAAGAUGUUUAACUUGUGAAGGAACUGCUAAUCUUUGUAAUACUUGUGCUAGUAUUAGAAUUGAUCCUCCUAUUUGUAAAUGUCCUAUAGGAUAUUUUGAGAAUACAGAUAUAGAUUGUUAAGCUUGUGAUCCAACAUGUAUUGAUUGUAAUUAAUAUGGAUGUUUAUCAUGUUUUGGAAAUAGAAUUGGCCCUAUUUUUGGUGAAUGUAAAUGUGCUGCAAAAGGAGUUAGUAGAUACAAUAUUGGAUCAAUUUAUUGUACUGAUUGUUCUGUCGGAGUACCAUAUUUUGCAUUGAAUGAAGAAUUUACAGGAUUUUCAUUUGAUUUUGGAGGAGCAGUUGCUUUCAUACCUUUUGAAACUCAAUCUCUAUGUUAAGCAUUUUUUUAACCUGAAUCUUUAUUGAAAUUAGGAACAAACCCUUAAUGUGAUUUAGAAUUUAAUGUUUAUUUUGGUGACAAUCCCACCAUUAAAGUAGGUGAUUCAUUAAAAUUAAAUAGAGAAUUCGCAUUAAGUGGAUGUCUACACAAAUUCAUUUAAAUAAUUCCUAUGCCUUUAUCUAUACCUAUUACAAUUGAUAAAAUAACACAUAAACCAAAUCUUAAAUUUAAAGAUCUUAACAAUCCUAAUAUAUGUGAAUCUUUGAAAAUUGAGUUUGAUUCAUUGAUAUUCAAUGGAAAAUAACCAUUCCAAAUCCUCUCAUGGAAUCUCGUAUUGCCUCCACCUCCUUUUCCAAUUCUUGAAAACAUUCUAUUAAAUCAUACAAUUAAUCAUUACCCUUAUUUAGAAUUCCCACCAAAACUAUUCUAAAGUGAAGUCACUUAUAAAUUUAGCGUUACUGUUGAAAGUUUCGCAUUAUUAUAAAAUACAAUUGAUGUCUAAUUUUAAGCUAUUCAAAAAUCUUCUAUUAUAUUUGAAACCAAAUCAAUCCUCAAUUAAUUUUAUAGAUAUCAAAAAAUAUCCAUUCCAAAUUUAUUGUAAUACAUUAACUGCGUUGAAAAGAAUCCACCUCCUUAAAUUCUCUAUUACGAAAUCUAUCUAAACAAUUUCAAAUUAUUAAUUAUCAAUGGUUCCCUAACUGAAAAUCUAACCGACGGUUAUCAAUAUGAUGUUCCUCUUACUUUUGAACCAUACUUUUUUAAUUUUAAUAAUCCCUUCCUUUUAACUUACAGUACCAUUUUAACCAGAAAAGAUUACACAGUAGAAAGUCUAUCAACAUUUGAGUUCUUUAUUGUUCCAUCUAGUCCUAUAAUCACUAUACAAGGAGGAAAUAGAAUGAUUGGAUUCACAGAUAAAUUAUAAUUAAAUACAACUAUUACUGAUCUUGAUUAUACAGAUCAAGAAGCUAAAUAAUUAUAAUAUGAAUGCUUCUGGUAAUGUGUUGAUAUUGUCAAUGGACAAUUAUGUUAAAAUCAAUAAAAUUAACUUCUAGAAUUUAAUACUAGCUGUUCUCAGUAAAUCAAACCAAAAACUUUCUAUGCAUAUACAGUAUCCAAUUUUGAAGUUAGUAUUUGGAAAUAAAAUACUAAGUAUUCUACUACAGUCUCUAUCUAAUUUAUUGAAUUAGACCUACCUAUCUUAACUAUUUAUGGUGGAAACUCAGAAUAACUUUACAAUUACUAUGAUGAACUUAUAUUCACUAUUUACUACCCUGGAGUGAAUCCUGAUUUAUUAAUGUAUGCAGGAGCUAUUAUUUAUGAUUUUUAAGUCUAGGCUACAUUUGAAUUCUUUUAUCUGCAAUUUAAAUAUAAAUAGUAGAAUCAUUUUACUGAUUUACUUUUAAAUCAAAGUAACAUCUUAAAACUAAGACUAUCAGUCUAUGAUCCUCGCUUUAUUCUUCCAUCUAUAAAUACUUAAGGUUUAACAAUGAAUAUUCCCCCUAAGAAUUGUUCAAUAUCCUACUAAUCACCUGAAAGCUUUGUUGAAUUCUUAGAUGAUUUGAAUAUCUCAAUUAUUAAUUGUCAAGAUGUUCAUAAUCCUUUGAAUUAUAAUGUGUAUCUAUUUCCUAAUCGCACCAUCUAUCACUAAGAUUUAAUUAAUUCUAAAUACCAUAAUUUCAUUAUUCUCAAGAGUUUUUAAUCAUCAAAUAAGUUCAAAUUAAACUUGCCUUACUAUUCUGACACUGAAUGCUUACUACUAUUCAACAUCAAAGAUUCUAAACAAGGUAUUGUAAAUCUAACAUUAUCAAUUAAUGUGAAGGAAUUUAAAAAGAUUGACAAAAGUACUUUCACUGACUAUCAAUCAAAUCUUAUUAGUUUUGAUGAUUAACUAAUCGGCUAUGUCUUAAUUACUGAAAGACUUAAACAAAUCAAAUAACUCAAAUUAUAUAAACAAAAUCUCUACUAGACAAUACUUUCACUUGAUGUUAAUUAAACUCUCUAAGCUAAUCAAACCGAACCCUUAUAUCGAUCUAUUUCCAAUUUAUUAAGUCAUAAUGUAACAUUAGUAUCCUUAAAGGAAACACUCCUACUGAAUCAAAUCAAUUAUCGAAUAACUUAGUCAUACUCUACAUUAUCACACUACUUUACUAUCUAAAAGCAAAGUCUCCUAACUUCAGAAUAAAACUUAGACAAAAAUGAUCAUAUUAGAUUAUAUUAUAUUUUUGCAGACAUCCUUUCAUCCUGUAUAAAAUACAAGGUUAAGAAAAAUGUUACAUCAGAUGAAAUCUUACAUCUUUUGAGCAAAUUACAAUCUUAAUUACAAUCUAUUAGUGUAAUUAAUGAACCUCUAUAUAAAAUGAUUUAAAAUUCAGUUAAUCUAAAUUUUGGAUAUGUUACCCAAAAAUAAGUUGAAUUAAUUAUUGGCCUUAAUUCUACUCUUGAUCAACCUGUCGGAGAUAGUGAAGAAGCCAAUAAUAUUUAUUAGACUUCUACCAAUUAUUAUCAUUUCUCAAUUACUAGAUACAAAGAUAAUCCUUAUUAUCCCACUCCUGAAUUUCCUAAAAAUAGUAGCGGUUAUUAAGCUAUUGAACCUAAAUUAAAAACUCCAGAAAGCUCUCAAAAUAGUAUUCUAAAAUAGGAUAUUUAAUUUUCUUUCCCGAAAGUUAAAAACUUGAAACCCAAUACAACUUUAGAAUGUAUUUCUUAAUUAUAAAAUAAUACAUGGACAGUAGAUGUUUGUAAAACAGUUAAAAAAGAUAUUGAAAUUAUUUGUAAAUGUGAAAAAUUAAAUCCUACUUCUGUUAUGGAAUCGAUUGAUUAUAUUCUAGAUAAAGGAAACUAAAUAUUUUCUUUAAACACACUUGAAAAUUUUGCUUCUUUUCCAUUUUAUCAAACUAUUAUUUUUUACUUCUAUGUUACAAUCACUGCCUUAUAUUUAGGAAUUGUUUAUUGGGGUAUUAGAGUAGAUGCUGAAAUGUUUUAAAAAAUACAUAUUGAAUAAGAACAAGCAAAAAAAAAUCCAGAUAUAAAAAACACUGUGGAAAAUAAAUUAAUUAAGAAUAAAAAAGAAUCUAAAUAUACUAAAACUGGAUAACUAAGAGAUUCCUCUAUUGAACAUUAACAUGCUUUGCCUUUAUUCAAAAGAAAUAUUUUUGGAACUGGACUUUCUUAUGGUGCAAUUAUUUUAAAUAGAUUUUAAAAACCAUUAAAUUCACCUUAAAACUUAUAAAACACUAAAUAAACAACCUAAGAUACUAAAACAGAUUCAAAAGAUAUAAACAAAAUUGAAUCAUUAUUUAGUCAAUCUUAAAUGAUGUAAUCAACAAGAAUCAUUAAAUAAGGAUUGAUCAAUUCUUAACAAGAAUCUCUUAAAUCAGAGGAAAUAUCUAAAGAGAAUUAAUUAUAAAGGAAACUCACUAUCCAAGAUAUUGGACUUAGAAGUAUGUUAAUAAAAAGAUUAAUUACUAAUUUUAAAGCAUAUAUAGAAUUUCUUAAAUUCUUCCAUUAAAUUCUAUAAAUAAUUUAUAAAGCUGAUCCAACCAAACCAAGAGGAUUGAGAGCUUCAAUUGUUUAUACGAGUUGUUUAGGUGGAAUAGCCAUCAUAUUUAUAUUUUAAUAACCUAAUAAUUUAAAUUUCACUAUAGCAUUGGCUCUUCUAACAGCCCCAGCAAAUAAAAUUUAUUAAAUAAUCUUAGAAAAAUCCUUAUCUAAUAAAUCUAAAAUUGUCAGAAUGAUUGGUAUUGUAAUAAUGAUUGGAAGUGCUGCACUUAUUUCAUACAUUUUGUUAGCAGGUUUGGUAUUGAUGAAUUCAAUAAGUUAAUCAAAUUAAUAAAGUCUAAUUUUUAUUGGAGCCUUUCUUACGGAUAAUAUAAUAUAUAGUCCACUAUCUUUAUUAAUUUCUUAUAUAAUACAUAUGGACAUAAUAAAAAUUCCAUUUCUUUAAAGUAUUUUGUGUAAAAUUCUUGAUGAGAAAACUAAAGAAUUUUUGUAUGGUUUAACAGAAAAUGUUGUUAGAAAUUGA